AAUGUACGUGGUUUUAAUUUAUAAAUAAAUCAGAAUGAUAAUAAUAAUAACAAUAAUAUAUAUAUAUAUAUAUAUAUUUGAUUAUUUAACAGCUUGUUCUUCAUAUUAUUUCAGUUUCAGCGUUCGGCGAGAAAAAAACCCCAACUUUUUUCCAAAUAGCCUACAUUGAAAUCACAAUUUACUGUUAUUACUACUGCUAAAAUAGAGAAAGUGCUAAAAAUACUAGACAUAAUAGAUUAAAUAGUUAAAGUUAAUACUAAUAAGUAGCAGUUUAGCGGUAGGAAAGAUACUUAUUUGAGUUAUUUGCUAGCAGAUACCGGCCACGUUUUUAAAAGUCAGUUUUUUCGAAAACAUCAACAACGACAUCAAAACAGGCUAAAAAAUGACGUCAAAACUCUUAAAAAUCUCCAAAAUUCUCGACAACUCCAAGUCACUCGUCUUCAGCAGCUGCAGCAGUAGAAGCAAGACCGAUAGCAGAAAAAGCAGCAGUAGCAGUAGCAGCAGUAGCGGCAAUAGAACGCUUCACAAAUCAGCCAGUAGCGUUAUUCCGGAUUCUGAGCUACAAGGAAUCGGCAAGUUGUCGGCCCAAAUUCUCGAAAAGGAUGAAAAAUACGGGGCCCAUAAUUAUCACCCCCUCCCUGUGGCCCUUAGUAGGGGGAAAGGAGUCUUCGUCUGGGACGUGGAUGGCAGACGAUACUACGACUUCUUAAGCGCGUACAGCGCGGUCAACCAGGGUCACUGCCACCCUCGAAUCGUCCAUGCCCUUCAGGAACAGGCCGCCUCGUUGACCUUGACCUCCAGGGCCUUCUACAACAACUGGCUUGGGGUGUACUCCGAGUUUGUUACCAAGCUGUUCGGUUACGAUCGAGUCCUGCCUAUGAAUACUGGUGUGGAAGGCGGGGAAACAGCCACAAAGCUGGCUCGCAAAUGGGCCUACAACGUCAAAAAAAUUCCCAAGAACCAGGCCAAACAUGUUUUUGCCGAAGGAAAUUUUUGGGGUCGAACACUGGCGGCUGUCUCGAGUUCGACGGACCCAACUUGCUACGAAGGGUUUGGGCCCUAUGUGCCCGGCUUCAUCAACGUCCCAUACAACGACAUCAAGGCGCUAGAUGAGGCAACGAGGGACCCCCUGGUGUGCUCCUUCAUGGUAGAGCCCAUCCAGGGCGAGAGUGGGGUGGUUGUCCCAGACGAGGGCUACCUGACCAUGGUCAGAGAGGUCUGCACAAAGAACAAUGUCCUCUUCAUUGCCGAUGAAGUUCAAACUGGACUCGCCAGAACUGGCAGGCAUUACAUUUUGCGUUUGUGUGUGGACCACGAGAACGUACGUCCGGAUAUGGUCAUACUCGGAAAAGCUUUGGCUGGAGGAGUGUAUCCGGUUUCAGCAGUUCUGGCCGACUCCGAAAUAAUGCUUCAGAUCAAGCCAGGCGAGCACGGUUCGACAUUCGGUGGCAAUCCACUGGCCUGCAGAGUGGCUAUUGAAGCUUUGAAGGUCAUCGAGGAAGAAAGCCUGGCUGAGAAUGCAGAAAAAAUGGGAAAAAUUUUCAGGACUGAGCUGAAGAAGUUGCCGAAGGAAGUGGUGAAGACUGUCCGGGGAAAGGGGUUGCUCAAUGCCAUCGUAGUCGAUGAACGGUACAACGCUUGGGAGCUGUGUCUGAGGUUCAGGGACCUGGGACUCCUUGCCAAGCCCACCCACGACGACAAAAUAAGGUUCGCCCCACCCCUCGUCAUAAAUGAGCCCCAGAUCUAUGAGGCAGUCGAUAUCAUUGCAAGGGCUGUUUACAGUUUGAAAUAAACUCUAUGUUUGUGUGCGUGCGUGUGUGUGUCUGUGUGCGUGUGUGUGUAUGUGUGUGUGUGUAUGAUCGUAUAUAUAUAUAUAUGUGUCUGUCUGUAUGUGUGUGUGUGUAUGUGUGUGUGUUGUUCAUUAUUCUUUUAUUGUUAUUUGUCAUUAUAAGAAACUGUGCUUACACAAGUUUCCAUAAUUUUACUUUAAAAAUUCUUUCGUCUAAAAUUACUGUUGUUACUGCUACUCUACUGCCAUUCAUUUGACUGAUUAAUUAAUUAAUUCUGUUUAUUAACUUUUUAUUAUUUUUAUUAUAACUCAAAUUAUUUUUGAGAUUUGUUUUAUAAAAGAUGAAAUUUCACUUGAAAAUAAACUGCUUUAUUUAGUUUUCACAAAAAAUUAUACAUAUUUUCAAUUAUCAUUUUUAUUCAUCUUUGCAGAAGUGUUUUUAUAAAUCUAGUUUAUUAUUAUUUUCAUUGAUAAAAUAACAAUAAUAAUAAUAAUAAUGAUUAUUAUUAAUCUUAUUAUGAUAAAAAUUAAUAAAACUUUUCUUGCUCAACAAAUAAAUAAAGUUUUGUAUAUUUA